CGAUAUUCUGGCUUACAAGGUGUUGUCGGAAGCAUUUUUACAAGAGCUCAACGCAUCUUUGCAGGGAAACAAGAAAGAUCUGGAGAAAAUGAACACCCUCCAGUCAAAAAACAAGACCCUGCAAGAGACGGUGGCUCAGAUGAUCCAAGAGCUGCAAAAUAUGAAAACUGAGAACCAGAAUGAGCGUGAAAAGAUGGCAACAGCUUACCAGCAACUUAAAGCCAGCCACGAUAUACAAGUCCAGACUUACAAAAUCCUGUCUGAAACCUAUUUACAAGACCUCAACAAACAAAUUAAAGCUUCUUUUCAGAGCGAGAAGCAAUACCUGGAGAAAACCAACUUCCUCCAGGCAGAAAACAAGACUCUGCAGGACAUUGUGGCCCAGAAGACCCAGGAGUUGUCGGAAAAACAGAAGGAGUUCGAACAGAUGGAAUCAUCUCAGGGUCACCUGAAAGCCAGCCUGGAGGUGGAGGUUCCGUCAGAAGCUUUGUUUCUCAGCCGAAACAUUCCAUCUGGCGAAGCCCUCCAGCAGGUCUCUGAUGGUGAGACCACAACUCCAGAGGAAAACAAAUCCUUCUGGAAAAGAACCCGACACCUCCUUGGCCUGACGAAGCCCAAGAGUUGGAAAAAGAAAAACAUUUCCAACGAACAAACGCACCCACACUCGCACACAAAACACUACAACAUAAACCAGUGAAUAUUUUAUUUUCUUUCUUUUACAUUUUAUUUUAUUUAAAAAAGAAGGGCAACACAGUGGAUCAGUCCUCUUCUCAAAAACAUUAAAACACCUUUUUUUUGUGUCUUUGAGGACAACAGACYGUCCCUGUGCUGCGUGGGUUUUUCCAUGGGUACUCCAGUUUUCCCCCACAUAGUUUAAAUUUUAAUUGUUUCACUGGUCAUU